ACGACGUACGUCAUACGUUUGCAAAAUUGCAAUGGCGGAAACCUCACGCCUCGGAUGAUACAUGCGAGUUUUUUUAGUUUCUGAAACACGCAGCUGUUUGUUUCUUUGCUAGUGUAGUAUUUCUGUUGUCUACCAAAAUUGAAAAAUGGCGUCUACCGCCGCAGGAAAACAGAGGAUUCCAAAAGUGGCCAAGGUUAAAAACAAAGCCCCGGCCGAAGUUCAAAUCACAGCUGAGCAGCUGUUGAGGGAGGCGAAAGAGAGAGAACUUGAGCUUCUGCCACCGCCCCCAAAACAAAAGAUCACAGAUGAAGAAGAGUUAAAUGACUACAAGUUAAGAAAGCGAAAGGCUUUUGAGGACAACAUCAGGAAAAACCGAACUGUCAUCAGCAACUGGAUAAGAUACGCAGAAUGGGAGGAAAGCUUGAAAGAAGUGCAGAGGGCUCGGUCUAUCUUCGAGCGUGCUCUGGACGUAGACCAUCGAAACAUCACCCUGUGGUUGAAAUAUGCCGAAAUGGAGAUGAAGAACCGCCAAGUGAACCAUGCACGCAACAUCUGGGACAGAGCCAUCACCAUUUUACCCCGUGUCAACCAGUUCUGGUACAAGUACACUUACAUGGAGGAGAUGCUUGGGAACGUGGCCGGCUGUCGGCAGGUGUUUGAGAGAUGGACAGAGUGGGAGCCCGAGCUGCAGGCAUGGCAUUCCUACAUCAACUUUGAGUUGCGCUACAAGGAAGUGGAGAAGGCCCGCACCAUCUAUGAGCGAUUCGUUAUUGUGCAUCCAGAGGUCAAGAACUGGAUAAAAUAUGCCCACUUUGAGGAAAAGCAUGGCUACAUCACCCAUGGGAGGAAGGUGUUUGAGAGAGGGGUGGAGUUUUUUGGAGAGGAGCACGUGGACGAGAAUUUAUAUGUGGCUUUCGCAAGGUUUGAGGAGAAACAGAAGGAGUUUGAACGAGUGCGAGUCAUUUACAAGUAUGCCUUGGACCGGAUCCCCAAGCAGCAAGCUCAGGAGCUCUUUAAGAACUACACCAUGUUUGAGAAGAAGUUUGGCGACAGGAGAGGAAUCGAGGAUGUCAUCGUCAGCAAAAGAAGGUUCCAAUACGAGGAGGAAGUCAAGGCCAAUCCACAUAAUUAUGACGCCUGGUUUGACUACCUGCGUCUGGUGGAGAACGAUGCUGAGCCGGAUGCGGUGCGAGAGGUGUACGAGAGGGCCAUCGCCAACAUGCCGCCCAUCCAGGAGAAGAGGCACUGGCGACGCUACAUCUACCUGUGGAUCAACUACGCCCUCUAUGAGGAGCUGGAGGUCAAGGACCCCGAAAGGACAAGGCAGGUGUACCAAGCAUGUCUGGACCUCAUCCCACACAAAAAGUUCACAUUUGCCAAGAUGUGGCUGCUCUACGCCCAGUUUGAAAUCCGUCAGAAAAAUCUUCAAGGCGCUCGCCGUGGCCUGGGAGCAGGCAUCGGUAAGUGUCCCAAGAACAAACUGUUCAAAGGCUACAUCGAGCUGGAGCUGCAGCUGCGAGAGUUUGACCGCUGCAGGAAGCUGUACGAGAAGUACCUGGAGUACAGCCCCGAGAACUGCACCACCUGGAUCAAGUUCGCCGAGCUGGAGACCAUCCUGGGAGACACGGAGAGGGCCAGGGCCAUAUUCGAGCUGGCCAUCGGGCAGCCCCGCCUGGACAUGCCUGAGGUGUUGUGGAAGUCCUACAUUGACUUUGAAAUUGAGCAAGAGGAGUACGACAACACGAGAGAACUUUACAAGAGGCUCCUGCAGCGCACGCAGCACGUCAAGGUCUGGAUCAGCUACGCCCAGUUCGAGCUGUCCAUCGACAGCGGGGAGCGUGUGCAGCGCUGCCGGCAGAUCUACGAGGAGGCCAACAAGGGCCUGCGGAGCUGCGAGGAGAAGGAGGAGCGGCUGAUGCUGCUGGAGUCCUGGAGGGACUACGAGCAGGAGUUUGGCUCCAUGGUCACGCGGGAGCGCGUCAGGAAGCUGCUGCCAGAGAAGGUCAAGAGGAGGAGGAAGCUCACCGCCGAGGACGGGUCGGAUGCAGGGUGGGAGGAGUACUACGACUACAUCUUCCCAGAAGACACUGCCAACCAGCCCAACCUCAAGCUACUCGCCAUGGCCAAGAUGUGGAAGAAGCAACAGCAUCAGGAGGACGAGGAUCAUGGAGAAGAAAUGGGACGGGCCCAGGAGGAGGAGGAGAAUGGAGGAGAGGAGGAGGAGGAAGAAGAGAAUGGAGGAGAGGAGGGUGACACUGAGCCUCGUCCCCAAGCUGUACUCCGCCAGCCCAUGGUACUGCCCCCCGUCACAGCAGAAGGGGUACCAGCAGAGAACACGUAUGACGAUCGAGAUGAUGUGGAGAGCACCAGCAGUGAAAGUAGUACUAGCAGCGAUAGUGACUCUGAUGAUGGGGAUGACGAUAAAGAAAACGACCAAGGGAAGAGGAAGAGGGAGGACAACAAUGACAAAGACGACGAUGGCGAGGAGGAGGAGAAAGAGAAAAAGAAAAGGAGACCUAGUUCAGAAGAUGACUAAUUUUUAACAACUUUUGUUUUUUUUCUUACCCUCGUCCAUUAGCUUUUUGGGGACUCUCUGAGCAGCUGAUCAAGUGUAUUUUUAUGUUUUACAAGAAAAUAAAUAAAACAAAUGGAGG